AUGGACGUGCACCACCUGCUGAAUGGCAAGCUGCGACAAAUGAUUCACGAUGCUGAGAAGGAGAGGCGUCACUUUGACCGCAUUCUCUCCCUUGCAGCUGAGGGUGGCCAUCAACAUGAUGGCAACAAGCAGUAUGUCAUCUGGGAAAUCUUUGCAAGAGCUGGACGAGUCACCAAGACAGCGAACCACCGCUACAACUGCCGAGCAGAACGUUUCUCUCUUGAAGAUGGUUGGGACUUUGAGAACCCAGACCACUGCAGAGCCUUCUUCAAGCGACUUCACACUGAGAAGCCUGAUUGUUGCUUGGUGAUGCCCCCAUGCAAACUAUGGAGCUUGUUGCAAGAGCUGACCAUAGCUCAACACCCUGACUAUGCUGAGAAGCUGGAAGCACUUGGUCAGGAGAACCAUGGUGGCUUGCUGGUCUUUGCAGCGAUGGUCUACGAGUACCAACGACGAAAUGGCAAACUUGGAAUUGCCGAGCAUCCAUGGAAGUCAAGAGCUUGGUUCACCAAAGCCUUCAAACGGAUGCAGGGCUAUGACACCCGUGUGGAUCAAUGCUGCUAUGGACUUGAGAUGCCCGAUGACAACGGCGACAUCAACCCAGUCCAGAAGCCAACAUGUUUCAGAGCAACUGGCAAAGUCUUCCACGACAAGCUUGCACGUCGAUGUGACGGGCAACAUCAACACACAAGACUUGAGGGAUCUAUCCCUGGAGUUGGUAGAAGAUCCAUGCUGGCAGAGAACUACCCCCAGCGAUUGGCCACUGCGAUCGUCAAUGCAAUCCGUGUUCAACUUGACCACGACAAUGCCGAGAUUUAUGCAAAUGAGGAUGACGACAUGCCACCAGAUGAUGAGGUUGAAAAGUUUGCCCAGGAAAUGGAGCAGUUAGCCCAGGACAAUUCUGGUGCAGUCGCAUCUCACGAUGGCAAAGCUGCAGGUCAAGAAGAGCCAGAUCCCAACGACCCCAUCUCCAACAACAAGGCUUUGAGAAAGCGAGUUGGAGGACGAGCAGUCGACUACGUCCAACGGUUGCACAAGAACCUCGGACAUCCUUCAAGCAGUGUUCCUCACCGAAUGCUCAACGAGGUCCAGGCCACACAGAAUGUCCUCGAUGCUGCCAAGGGCUACAUCUGCCCCACAUGCUAUGCCAGAAAGCUUCCCUUUCAGACGGGAACUCCUGCCCACAAGAAGAAGGAGAAGCUGAAGGCUGAGAAGAUCUACACUGGUCGCCAACGCAUUGAAAUUGAAGUUCAACCUGCUGAGAGUCACUCAUGGCUGAGUGUGGUGGAGCGCAAAUAUCAAGUUGUGCGGCGUGCACUGGAACUUUACCAAGAUGACAUUGGUCGACAUGACCUUGCAGCCCUGAAGGAAGCUGCCAUCUAUGUGCCACACUCCAUCAACCAGCUGAGCUUUCACCGUGGUUUCUCACCACAACAAUGGGUUCUUGGGAAGACCAUGAACUACGCCCAUGGACUUUCAGGCGAGGUCUUCAACCCAGGACAAGAUUUACUUGAUGAUCAAGGUGCCUUUGCAUUGGUCCAACAGCGCAGAGUUGCAGCAGGACAAGCCUUCAUCAAGGCUGACUCCGAUGCCAAGCUGAGGCGUGCCUUCACCCAGAAGUUUGUCGAGAACAAAGAGGAGCUUGCAAUCGGACAAAGAUGCUGGUAUUGGCGUGAUGCUGGUGCAAGUAUCCUUCGAAGAGCCCGAUGGCGUGGACCUGCAAGAGUUGUCGCGAUUGAGCCAGUUGGCGACACUCAUGUCCUAUGGCUGUGCCAUGGAACUUCCCUUGUCCGAUGCAGCCCAAGACAGGUGAGGCCGUUAGUUGAGGAGUCAGGUGCUGCUGUCCCUGCAGACAGAUCUGCUGCCCUUCGAGACCUUGAAGAGCUCAAGGCAAGGUCAACAACUCAGCCCAGAGAUGUGCGGAAGAAGCCCAAAGGCAAGAGGCUGACUAUGAGCCCGACAGACCACCUCCAGUUGAACCUGACGAUGCCCAGGAAGAACCCUAUGAGCCUGAGUCUCCGAUCGAGACACCGACGGCCAUGCCUGGCGUCGUGCAGCUGGUGUUUCCACCUGCACCUCCAAGAGAUGAUCCUGGAGAUGAAUGUGAACGAUCACCCAGAAGGCGACGUGGAUCUGAUGUCUCCACAGAAGCCCCACUUCCAGAACCAUCACCACCCGAUGCUUCACUGGAUCCUGUGCCACCGAAGCGAAAGUCUACAAGAGCUGCCGAAGGGAGUCCAAAAUGACUUCGAGAAGAAUGACUUGGUAGUUGACGUGCUGCUGUGCAACGAGGAGGAGCUGCCCGAUGGUUGGACUUGGGUCGAUGGUUGGAUCGAGGUUGACGAGGCAUCCCCAACGGCAUCAAGACAGGCCAGACCAUGGUUGCUGACAACCGCCACCUGGAAAUGUUGGAUUGUGGUUGGAGCCGACGUCAAAGCGGCAUUCCUGAGCGGAAGCAACUUCGACCGCAUCAUCCUGGUGAAACUACCACUUGACUGUGGACCCCCUACUUGGAGUCUUUGCCCAGGGCACUGGACGACAUGUCUUCAUGCGCCUGAAGAAGACGCCUAUGGACUUUCAGAUGCCCCACUGCCGUGGUACCAGGAGGCAAGCAAACGACUUGAAGGUCUUGGAUGGCUGAAACAUCAUCUUGACCAAUGCUGCUUUCUUCUGACAACCAAGGACAAGGCCAACCCUGGUGGAGUUCUGACUGGUAUGCUGAUCCUACAUGUUGACGACAGCUUGGUCAGCGGAAGUGCCACGAACCCAGUUUUCAAAUCUGCUUUGGAAGACUUGCGCAAGGCCUUCGACUUUGGCAAGUGGGACACUUUGACCAAGAAGCAGCACCUGAAGUACUGUGGUUGCACGAUCUUGAUGAACGAUCAUGGCCUGGAGGUUUCCUACGCCAACUACAUGAAACGGGUUUGCCCCAUGACAAUUGCCAAAGGUCGACGUGACGACCAGGAGAUCACUGAGCAAGAGAAGAGCAAGGCGAGAGGCUUGAUUGGAGCUUUGCAAUGGCCCACAACACAAGGAAUGCCAAUGCUAGCAGCUUCGAUGUCCAUUCAAGCUGGGGAACUUUCUGGUGCCAAAGUCCGCCUGCUGUUGGAGCUCAACAAAACACUCCAUUUUGGCAAGGCAAACUGUGAUGUGAACAUCAAGUUUUUGGCGAAGAAGCAACAGCCUGAUGCAAGCUUUGAUGACCUGGUUUUGGUCUGCUACGCUGACGCUGCAUUCUGCGUGAGAUCAUCUUUGGCAGCUGAGUGCCAAGCAUGCUCUACGGCGCUUCAGGAGCUGAUGAUGGCCAAGCUCUUCCUGGUGAUCCUCAAGAAUCCCUGCAGGUCACUUCGUGAUUGCCGAGACCUUCUGCAGAAGGACGAAUGUGCCAUGGUGACGGACUGCAAGGGCCUCUACGAUGCAGUGCAACGAGAGACCAUUCGGCAAGCAACUGACAAGCGAGUGGCAAUCGAAGGAGCUCGUCAAGCUUUUGUCGAAAGAUUCAAAGGUGGCUACAUCCAGCUUGUAGCUGACGAGAGCUACCAAGCUGCGAAGAAGAAGUCACGUGAAGAUCGUGAACGGACUGUGCAAGAAACCAGAGGAUCUCAAUCCAAGGUUGCCCAGACCUUGAUUGCGCUGGUGCUGGCAUCCAACGUGCAGCCUGCGGAAGGCGUCUGGUUGCCUACUUCGUGGUGGAAGAUUGCGAACUUCGCGGUGCUCUUCCCCUACAUGCUGGCGAUGUUCCUCUCCAUUGGUGUUGCACUCUCUUUUGCAUGCGCUGACCGCAUUGCAUGCUUUCGUGCUUGGUGGACAAGGUCUACUGAAGGGCUGAGAGGCGCGAAUUUGAGACUGCAAGCUGAAGUGAAUCAGCUGCAGGAGCAAGUGCGAAAAUUCGAGGCGCGAUCAGAGCGCGACAACAUCAUCAUGUGCAAGCAAUCAAGUGAUCUUGAUGAUUACCGUGAUUCUGUGAAAGAUUUGCGGGAACAGGCGCGGCGGAUCAGCCCGCCUUUGCGCGGGUGGGUCGUAGAUCAGACCAGAGUUUGGGUCUCGAUCCUUCAAGAAGAGGAGCAGAAGUGGGAGAAAGCCAAGCUUCAGGAAGAAGCUCGAUUGGCAGCGGCAGCUGCAACCUCAAAGGCGGCCUCUCCUGCUGUGGCUGGUACCGAGUGUUCAGCCCAGGCGCCCGCUGGAUCAGCAAAGGUUGAGCCAGGAGCGGAGGAUCCUGCAAGGGAGAGCGAAGUCUCUCCUGGGGUUAUCUCUUCUCCGUCGGAGGGAAAGGAAGAAGAAGUUGCCGUGGAAGGUGAGAAAGAAUCGCCAUUGCCUGUCAAGAAGGAGUCCAUAGAGCCAGCCGAAGGAAAAGAAAAGAAGAGCAAAGAAAAAGAUCGCCAAGAAACAAAGGAGGAACCAGCCGAGACAGAGGCAAAAGAGAAGAAGGAAAAGAAGCACAAAAAGAAAAAGAAGAGCAAGUCCAGGAGUCCACCACCAGGGUGGCGAAGUCCAACUAGGCAUUACCGAUCUCACAGCUCGAGUUAUCGAGACUACCCAGAAGAGGGUUUUGAAAGGCCUGCUGGUGAAGCUGAACCGCGUGAGGCGGUGAGUGGUGACUUGGCUGAGGAGGAAAAAUUCAUUGGCGGCGUUUGGGGCAAGGAACCUUGUCCUUCGGAUUUGGAGGUCCGCCUUCAAGUGGAAGGGACUACUCACGAGGAGCUGCUGAAGUGGGUGACAGGAAACCCGGGGGUUCCUUUGCGUCUUCAUCUUUGCGGAGAAGGGUGCGAUGCGAAGUUGGACGCCAAGGAUUUGGUGCAUGCCAAGAGGCUCCGGUUGAAGAGAAGAGAGAACGAGGAGGAUUGGACCGAGAAUCUCAAAGGAGCUAUCGACGAGUUGGCAGUUCUGAGGAGAGAAGCAGAGGAGGCAGAACCCGCAAAAAGAAAAGAGGAGUCAAAGAAAGAGAAGAAAAAGAAAAAGAAAAAGAAGGCAAGAGGAGAAAAGAGCUCGGAUUCCAGCAGUCUGCCCCGGGACAAGACCAAGGGGCAGAAGAGGAAGCUGUCAUCCCAGAAGGGGUUGGAGGCAGUUUACGGCAGCACAGGAUUAGAUCCGGAUCCUCGGGUGCGCAAGCGCCUGCUGAGGAGGUGGAAGAAGAAGAUGAAAAAGAAAAAAGAUUCCAGCUCAGGGAGCAGCGGCAGCUCCUUGGAAGGGAGCUCGCAGGCGUCAACCUUGAACUCCAGCGAGUCCGGGCAGGUGUUCGAGGAGACCAACAAGGUUCGACGGCUGGCCCGCAAGGCCCCUGGGCUGUUGACCUUCAGCAUGGUCAAGGAGAUGCAGAGGCAGCUUCUAACAGCAGCUGGGACCUUGUGGGACACCGAGAAGACGGCAGUCCCCCCAGUGUCCCUGCAGUACUACAGGUCCCAGCUGGCCCCCAGGCUGAGCGGCGGGGCCAGCAGGGAGGCCUUGACGCUCUCCUGGGCGUUGGAUUUGGCUUUGCAAGGCAAAAUGGCUCAAGCAGCCGAUUGCCUCAGCCAAAGACUGAAGAGUUUGGAAAUGAUUGCGGGAGGAGCCAGCUGGGCUGUCUCACAACGAGUGGAAGUAGUCCCCCCCGAACGGGGGCGCUUGUCAAGCAGAGCGGAAGCCCAGGAGGCUGCAAGAGAGGAGAAGCAGGAGAGCAAAACCCGGCAGAUGACAAAGGGAAAGGAAAAAGGAAAAACAGACACUGGGGCAGGAGCUUGGCGUCCCAGUGGAAAAGGCGAUCAGAAAGGCAAGGAUCGAGGCAAGGGCAAAAAAGGCAGCGAGAAGGAGGAGAGCAAGAGGCCCGUGACGGGGAAUCCCACUCCUAGUGAUGAUCUGAAGGGGAGUGGGUCGGCGCUUAAUGUUGGUCCGACUUUGCUGGAUACCAACUACCAGUUUUCCAAAGAGCAGAUGAUGACUCCGGAGCUUUGGGGCUGCGCGGAUGGUGGCGCGGCGCUGUCUUCUCCUAGCCGAUGCAGCGGAGGUAUUAGCAGUCACCUCCUAGGAGAGGCACAGUCGAGCUCGAGCGUCAGUGGUCAGAAAAAAGGAGCGGCAGUUGAGGUUGAUGAGUGGCCAGAGCGCUUGGGAGAAAUUUCUUGGCAAAGUUUCUUCAAGCUGCGGAGUUUAGACUAUGUGGGAGAUGAGGUGGCCACAGCUCGCAUCACCUCCUGGGCAAACGUCCAGUCGGCAAUACCUACUGAGGUAGGAAGUGUCCCGUUGAGAGACGUGGUUGGAGAUGGUUGCCGCCAUUAUGUAGACCGGUUUGAGGAAUUUCUUCUGGAUGAAGAUUCUAUGACCUAUACAAAACCACCGAAAGUCAUGGUGACUGACCACGACUGGGAUCGAAUGUGUGAAGGGCUGAUAAAGUCGGGAAUUUGUGGUGUCAUGGCGGAAUCAGAGUUAUACCAUGUCAAGGGCAAGCCACUGCUCAGUGGCCUGUUCGGGGUGUCAAAAGGUGAAUCAAUUCAAGGCUCGCCUAAAGCCUCAUCAGGAGCUUCGGAAGGACAGGCCUUUCCCGACAGCGGAAUCUAUUUGGAUAACUUUGAUGAACUAGAGCGUGUGGACCGCAACACUGUUGACCUGGCCACUUUUCUGACUAGACCGCCGAUGAGUGGUCCUCGGAAGCAGCUGGUGCCUGGAAAGGAGUUAGCCUUGGUCAAGAAGCUUCUCAAUAUGGUCAGUAUUAAGGGUGAGGAUAUUCUGAUCUCCUCCGCCAGUGAAGAUACCUUACGGUAUCAUCGACUCACUGAUUAUGAGUAUCGACCCUAUAGCCUCAGACGAGGUGAAGUUGAGACCAGUCCUGGUCCUAGGGGUUUGGGACCUUUUUUAAAGCUGUGA